UAUCAGUGACAAUCCGUCAGCGACAGAAGCAAGACGUUUUGUUUCUUUUCCCCUGUGUUUCUCGAGACAACUUGUGCGAUAUUUUGGUCAGGAGUUGCCAGCGAAGAGUUGGGUUUUCCGUGAGAAGCCCUGGUAUUUCAGUUUAUUUGCCAAGACGUGAGAGUCUUGAAGUUACGUUUGUGUAUCGAAGUGACGAGAGUGGAAAUAUGCAAACCGCUAGAGCGGCGCUAGGCGUCGCCUUGCGGGUCUGUCCCAGAACUGCAGUGUCCACCUACACUAGACCAGCCGCAGGUAUGGUGCUUGUGCACACUUCACCACCGCGCCCUAGCGGUUCCCAACAGAACUGCCUCCGUCCGGACAUGCCGUACAAGACCGGCCAUGCGGACUGGAGCGGUCUGGACCUGGGGCUCUUCAUCGGGGCGGGCGUCCUUGUCACUGCCGGGCUGUAUGAGCACAAAAGAUCUCUGGCCACGCACACACCGUCCGAAGUACCACCUUUCGAAGGUGCAGGUGUUCAGUACGUCCCGUCAGUAAACAGUCAGUACACGGGCCUGAACCUGGUAUCGCUGGCGCCGCAGACCCCGGCCGGGGUGCUGUGCAGGAGCGCCGCCUUUCCUCUCGGAAAGAACGACAGGAAAGUAGCCGGGAGCGAGGCUAGUGGAGGUGACAAGAAAGACCAGCAAGUCUUCGCCCAGUUUGGUAGGCCUGCUGAAACAAACGAGGAGACUACCUCCACCGAGGAGGCCAACAAGUGCCCACGGGAUGUCUCGGACGAGACGCCGACGGCUGUCGGUCCCGUGAAGAUGCGCGACAAGGCGCUGUCCGCUGUGGAAGACGUCCGUACAGCUUCCACAGAGAGUAAGACGUCUGGAGACGAAGCAGAUGGAAGAGACAUCAAGGAAGUGUUCAACGAUGCUGUGAACAAGAGAGGCACACCACAGUGCUUGCCUGACACAAAGACAAGGGCAGACCACAACGAAGCAGACGUGUCGUCUGAAAAUGACGUCACCGCGUCUGAUGAUGACCAGGGGCCGACGAUAGAGCUGAUGACGUCCAACUCUGACAUCAGCGACCAGAAGUCACCUUCCGCGUGUCCUCUUGGAGGGGGCCAAGUCUCCGAGGGGAACGUCGGGAAGGACCACGACUUCUGUGGGGAUGACGUCACCUCUGACAUCAGCACUGACGUCAUGAACACCUGCAGCCUGCCAAAUCCCGCUGACGGAGAAAACGCGGGAAAUGACGUCAUCAGCAGCUCGGGAGAAACAAGUCCUCGACGCGCUGACUUCACAGAGGCAGAAGUCAUCACAGUCACGGCAUGUCCCGUUCGGCACGAGCUUAGCGCUGCUACACGAGAGGUGAUCGGAUCCACGCCACACGUCACAGACAAGACGGACACUGAGAUCAGCUCGGAACAGUUCCUGUCCGAGGGACAUUUUGACUCCGAGAGCGGCCACCUGUCCCAGCACGUACCCGUGAGUCCCCGGCUGCAGAGGAAACUGAGAUGUGCCGUGUUCUACGCUGAUUGGCGGGAAGACAGCCAGUUCUGUCACCGAGAUGACGUCACGACCGACCAGAAGGUUCGCUUCUCCUGGUUCGGGCAGGAGCAUGACGACGACCUUGAUGACGUCACUGAGGUGAAGGUCUACUGCGCGGUUCUUGAGGGUGUGUGGAGAGAAGAGUGCGGGUUGGUGGAGAAUCACGUGACCAACACGACAGGUGGUGAUGACGACAUGGAGUCAUACUACCCUGGACACGGGCGCAGGAACGGCAUCCAGUCUGGGAACGAGAACUGGGUCUAAAGGGACUUAGCGAAAUUAUAAUCUAACUAAUCAUUUGUAUCUUGUCUUGUUUUUUAGGUAAAGAUUUUAAAAAACAAACGUUAAAAGUAAGUACUCCGAUCUGUAAGACAAACUAUACAAAGCACAUGUACAAAUCAGUAAGGCAACCACUAUGACACUUAAAUGUGAGCAAUGACAGCGAGUCUUACAUUUCACAUUGGCUUUUCAAACCACACCUUCCUUUUUAAGUCGUUAUACAUAACGUUACGUCAUUGAGAGUUAUUGUCCUCUUACAAAAAUGCCAAAUGUCGUGCAGAAAGGGCUGACUUCUAGUGAAAAAAAUUCCUGUUGUCCGCUUGUCGAAGAUUUGUAUAUACAUUACCAACUCCAAACUCUUGUAUAGACUUUGAAGAUAGAUUGAUGAUGAUUAUGAAAACAAACACGUUUUUGCCGCCCGUCAAAGCGCCACCUACAUUUUGGGUCUAGGUAAAAACAUCACUUCUUCUACGUAGUGAGUAGGAUAAGAACAUACAAGUACAUCAUCUGUUUUCCAUCAACAACAGUUUAUCUGCUUAUAUGGAGUAAGGGACUGUCUGACAAUCCUCGCCGUCAAUUAAGAAGCAUUAUGAUCUUUCACCUAACAUCUGCUUGGAGAUUUGGAAUGUUGUCUUGUUUCAGAAUUAGAAGAUAAUUUUCUUUCUUUCUGGAAGGCUACCACGUCCAAAGGCAAAUUUGAAUCCUGUUUUUAGGACCAGCAAUGAUAGGACAUCUAUGUAGACUGUUGUCUUAGCUUUGUCUUGCAUUGUACCCAUAACAAGUGUUAUGCAAUAACGUUUGACCUGACUGUAACUUGUCAUACAUAUUAGGAUUUACACAAAUAAAAAA